GUGUCCCAUUUUUUCCUCACUGCUUACAACCUUUCGAUUCGAGAAGCUACGUUCGGAAGAUAAACUCAACAACCUACAAUGUCUGGAAGAGGAAAAACCGGAGCGAAGGCCCGCGCUAAGGCCAAGACCCGCAGCUCCCGUGCCGGUCUGCAGUUCCCUGUUGGCCGUGUCCACCGUCUCCUCCGCAAGGGUAACUACGCUGAGAGGGUCGGCGCCGGAGCCCCCGUGUACCUGGCUGCCGUCCUGGAGUACCUCACCGCUGAGAUCCUGGAGCUGGCUGGCAACGCCGCCAGGGACAACAAGAAGACCCGCAUCAUCCCGCGUCACCUCCAGCUCGCCGUCCGCAACGACGAGGAGCUGAACAAACUGCUCGGCGGCGUGACCAUCGCUCAGGGCGGCGUCCUGCCCAACAUCCAGGCGGUCCUGCUGCCCAAGAAGACCGGCCAGUCCGCACCGAGCUCCGGCAAGGCGGGAAAGAAGGCCUCUUCGCAAUCUCAGGAGUAUUAGCUUCCCGGCUAAUAACUUUAAGCCCAAAGGCCCUUUUAAGGGCCACCCACAUCUCUCUGAAUGAGCAACGUUCCUUGUUUAUCGCUUGUCUUGUUCCAGUUUUUCGCAUUUUUAAUUUAAUAAACGCUUGUUUGGUUUUUGUAAA